CAGCUGCAGACCACUAUAGUACCUGGAAGGCCCACAGCGAUUUUCAGGAAGAUCUGGCAAAUCAGAUCCACAUGCUCGAGCAGUUUAGCUAUGACACCUCGAUCGUAAUUAACCACACCGACACUUCUCUCUUACCCCAGUACCCCAGAGAUUGGAAAGCUCUCAACCUUGCCACAGUAGAUCUUUCUGUAUCCGUCCCAAUGUCAUCAAACUCAUCAUCAGCAUCAACUAUCAUCCCUACCCCCAAGAGCCGCUAUGUUAUUCCUUUUCCUCACCAGACCACCAUGACCACCCAUAUCCUCAACAUGACCCACACUGCAGCCAAAACAGUCGACAGUGAAGAGACCCUGUACCUCCAGACCACCAACCCCUGCAUCCCUCCCAACGAAAGCCAGAUCUUGUCCUGCUCUUGGUUUGAGAGGGCGACCGUGACGAUUGCUUCAAAAAAGGCUGUACAGAAAUAUCUUUUUGAGCCGAUUGAAGAUGACCACAACGUCACCCGUCUUGGGCAGUGUCAGGGCAAGAAUGGAUUCUGGUUUGUCGGCUCGUAUUGCUGGAAGGGAAUUCCGCUCUUGGAAGGAUGUGUGGCCAGUGCUGAGAUGGUUGUUCGGGAAGGAAUUGCUUCUUUAGAAGGCGUGUCUCUGGACCCUGUCUGGUAAAAAAAAAUAUAAAGGAUAAAAGAUAAAUACAAGAAUCUUUUAUCUUUAUCUUUUUUUUAAAAAAAUAAUUGUUCAUUAUCAUUAUCAUUACCAUUACCAUUAUAAUCAUCUUCUUCAUCAUUUUCUUACUUCUUCUUACUCUUUUUUCUUUCUUUCUUUCUCUUAUAUAUUAAUCAUUAACUUGUGCAGUCCCUGGAUGGACAGUCCCAGUGUGACAAAGAACCGCGUUUAGAAGUCUGUCUUUCCUUUGGUUUUCGGUUUUCCUUUUUUGUUUAAUCUUAUUUUUUUAUUUUAUUUUUCCUAUUAGUAAGAAUUAAUUUUUCAACAUACCUUUUUACCUUUACACACCUUCUUACAGUACUACAACACUAAAGACUUGUUUAAAUAUAUAUAUAUAUAUAUAUAAACACCAUUAAAUAAAUAAAGGAAAACCUAUAAAGUAUUAAAGUAUAUUUCAUGCCAUAAAAGAACAAUAUAGAAAAGGUGGCCCUUAUCGAAUUCUCCACAGCAAAAAAAAAUAUUCUUCCUUUUUUCUGUUAAAUAAUUAGGUAGAAUUAUUGUAUAUUUAAAUACCCUCUUUUUUUUAUAUUUAUUUAUUUUAGAGCCAUUAAGAUGAUUUUUUGGCAAAGAAGAAAACUACCUGGUCCUGUAUCUUUAUCAUUAUUUGUCUUAUUACUGUUGGGUUGCCUCAACUUUUGCGCUGCAUCAAGUGGUGACAACCUGCCAGAAUACAAAAAUUGUGUCGAGAGCUGUGUCGAGUCUUCUGGCCUUAAUUCUAGUGAACAUGUCAAAUUACCCCUGUACUUACGGCUCCUUUUCUGGACCGAUGCCCAAGAGUGUCGGUACCAAUGCAUGCAUGCCCUGACCAGCAAGGCUAUUGAGAAUGGUCAAACGGUCCAUCAAUUCCAUGGCAAGUGGCCAUUCAAUCGUGUGUUUGGGAUUCAGGAACCCGCGGCAGUGUUGUUCUCUAUCGGCAAUGGCCUGUUUCAUUACCAUUAUUACAAGAAGAUGCAGAAACAGUUACCUGACAAUUACAGCCUGAAGAAUGGUUACUUGGUCAUGGCAAUCACUGCAAUGAAUGCCUGGGUCUGGAGUACGGUCUUUCACACGCGCGACUUUGAGAUGACCGAGCGGCUGGACUAUUUCAGCGCAGGACUCUAUAUUUUUUAUGGCUUUUAUAUUGCCGUCAUCAGGGUGUUUUGGCUGACCGGAUUACCAAAGAAGGCAUUCGGGGUACUCUGUGGGAUGCUUUAUUGUGCCCAUGUUACUUAUCUGUCUAUGGGCUCUCGGUUUGACUAUGGGUACAAUAUGCUGGCCUGCAUUGUGAUCGGUGCUCUCCAGACACAGCUCUGGCUCAUCUGGACCGUGGUUCAGUACAGUCCUCUGACUUCUAACCCUUCGAGGCGGUCGUAUGCCUGGAUGGCCGGUCUGUCGGUCGUGCUUCUUAGCUGUGCAAUGGGUCUCGAGGUCUUUGAUUUUCCACCUUGGCUUGGAGCCGUGGAUGCCCACGCACUUUGGCAUGCGGCUACUAUUCCGGUUAUCCCGCUUUUCUACCAGUUUAUCUUGAAGGAUGCAAAGGUUAAUUUGCAAACAGUAGACACUCAGGCUACAAAAAAGAGAAGUUCAUAGCUUUUCUUUGAAUAUAUGAAGACAUAAUAUAGAACAAUUGAUAUAUACAUACAUAUUUUGUAUAUAUAUAU